AUGCAGACUGCUUCUACAAACAUUUGUGAAAGACUGUGCAAUAAGUCCAUCUGUGAAAUUUCCUGGCUACUAAAUAUUCCAUGGUCACCUGUUAGUGGUAUUAUAACAAAGUGGAAGCAACUGGGAACAACAGCAACUCAGCCACAGAGUGGUAGGCCAUGUAAAAUGACAGAGUGGGGUCAGCGCAUGCUGAAGUGCACAGUGUCGCCAACUGUCUGCAGAGUCAAUAGCUAACUUGGUGUGUCCUUCAGAUUAGCACAAAAACAGUGCAUAGAGAGAAUGGGUUUCCAUGGCCAAGCAGCUGCAUCCAAGCCUUACAUCACUAAGUGCAAUUCAAAGUGUCGGAUACAGUGGUAUAAAGCACAGUGACACUGGACUCUAG